GUUACCAAAGCUAAAGCGCUCCAUAUAUUCACCUCAGCAGCAGCCACACGGUUUCAGACAGCCUUGGUUUACAUUGACCUGAAAUAUUUUCUGUUUUUUAUUUUUUCUGAUGAUGAUGACGAUGCUCGCUGUGGUGGUGGCACUGUUUGGAGUCGUGGCUCUAAUACUAAGACUGCUGUCCUCCCACAUCAGGAAAUAUGCGGCAGGAGGAGUGUGUCUUUGCACAGCGCGUUUGGAUGGGAAGACAGCGCUGAUCACAGGGGCGAACUGUGGGAUUGGUAAAGAGACGGCCCUGGACCUGGCCUCGCGGGGUGCGCGGGUCAUCCUGGCCUGUCGGGACAUAGAGAAAGGUGAGGAAACAGCAGCGGAGAUACGCAGGCGGGUGGGCGGGGCACAGGUGGAGGUUCGGGAGCUGGACCUGGCCGACACCUGCUCCAUCCGAGCCUUCGCUCAGAGAUUCCUCAGAGAGGUCAAUCACCUCCACAUCCUGAUUAAUAACGCAGGAGUGAUGAUGUGUCCUUACAUGAAAACAGCAGACGGCUUUGAGAUGCAUCUGGGCGUCAAUCACCUUGGUCACUUCCUGCUGACCUACCUGCUGAUUGGUCUGCUGAAGCGCAGCGCGCCGGCGCGGGUGGUGGUGGUUUCUUCUUUGGCGCAUUACUUCGGCUGGAUCCGCUUCCAUGACCUGCACAGCCAGGGCAGCUACAACAGUGGGCUGGCCUACUGCCAGAGCAAACUAGCCAAUGUCCUCUUCACCAGGGAACUGUCUCACAGGCUAACAGGUUCGAAUGUGACCGUGAACUCUCUGCACCCGGGGACAGUGAGGUCCGAGCUGGUUCGUCACUCCACAGUGAUGUCCCUGCUGUUCACACUCUUCUCCAUGUUCCUGAAAACGCCGCGGGAGGGAGCGCAGACCUCCAUCUACUGCGCCGUGGCCGAGGAGCUGCACUCCAUCUCAGGCAAACACUUCAGUGACUGUGCUCCAGCCUCCGUCGCUCCUCAGGGCCGCUGUGACGAAACUGCUCGGAAACUGUGGGACGUCAGCUGCGAACUGCUGGGCAUUGAAUGGGACUGAAAUCGCCCCUCCCCCCCUCACACAUCUUUCCCUUGCUCUGUCUGAGCCACAUCAACACACAUGUACCUCAUUUUAUCAGGCACAUUUGUUAAAACUCCCACCUUCAUAAUCUCAUCUAAAGCCCUGUUGGAGCUGGAUUAGUUUCCCCAGAGGGGUUUAUGUAAUAUAAACUGUCAGGAUUUGACUGGCUGAUUGGUUCGAGAUUAAGUAUCUGUGCUGUUUCCCCAAAUUACCAGUGGGUGCACCUGAAAGGAGCAGGACUUAUUUGAAGGGCUGUCUACAUACUUUUGGAUGGAAGCUAAACUGCAAAAAACAAUAUUCAGAUGACAUCACAUCCAUGAACACAUUCACAUAUGACCACCUGUUUCCAUAAAAGUGCUAAGGAGUGUCGUUACUGAAGACAGUCACUGGAAUGAAAGAUGUGGGAAAAACGAUUAAGGCCCAGUCCCAUUUCUUAUUUUGAACCCUACCCCUUGUUUUCGAGUGUCACCUUGCCCCUUGGAACUGAGUUACAAGGGGUAGUGGUUGAAAUCGUCCCUACGAAAUGGGACAA